ACAACUAAAUAUUCCAGUAAGUCAAAUAGUCUGGAAUAAACACUUCAACUAUUUGUGACAAUAAUCUCAAACCAAAAUCUAUGAGCAUAGUUUCUAUAGUAUUUGAGAGUAGCAGCAUGUGUACUGCAUUGAAAUAUUUGCCGAGAAUCAUUCAUUAGAGAAAAAUACAAAUAUAAAAUAGUAUCAAUUAUUGUUUUCGUCUUUUUUUCUAGAGCUGUGGUCUGGAUGUUUCAAAUGAUGAUCAUAGUAGUGAUCAUACAUUAUCAUUAAAUAUAGAUGAAUGUAGUGUACAUGGCAUACACAGACGGCGUGGUUUUGGUGGUGGUGCUGCUCGUCGUCCCGUAUUACCACACGAUCAUAAUCUAUCAGAUGAGGAUGAACGAGAUGAACAACGAUCGUUAUGUGGUGGAGCUUUAUCACAAAUAGAAGGUAAAACAGAUCCAGAUGCACAAUCAGAAGUUGAUAGACGAGAAUUAAUGGAAUCAAAUACACUCGAAAAUUUGGAUGAUUACAAUGACAUUCGAGAAUGGGGAGAAAACAGAAUGUCAUACCGCAAAAAAUUCAUUAUCAUGGCUGGUUUUAUACUGUUGUGCAUAUGCUGUCUGAUCGAUUUGAAGAUGUUCUUUUCUAAAAAAGUAAAAAUAAUAUAA